AUGUCCGCUAAGGAAGCGCAGAGUUUCGCGUUAGUUUCGGAUGAAUUCACGCAUGAAAAAAUCAGCGUUUAUAAAUUCAUCGAACGGCUACUUGAACUAAUUACCGAAGAUUACGAUGAAGUGGCUGAAGUAAAAAUAUUUCCAAACGGAGCCGCUAGCCAAUUCAAGCAAAAGUACCUUUUUUCGAACCUGCAUGUUUUUGAAGCGCGCUACGACAUUAAGCUAUCUUGCCACUUUUUCGCAUCAGGUCACGGAAAAGGGGUGGUUGAUGCCAUUGGAGGAAGAAUUAAAGGUUCGGUGUGGAGACGACAAAAAGCGGAGCUGUGGUAA